AUGGAUGCUGCGGACAGAGACGCACCGGUGAGCCAGCUGGAGAGGAGUAGCCACACUGCGUUCAUAGACAACAACACGCUGCAUGUCUGGGGAGGUUUCCAGGUAGUCGCUGGAAAUGAUGUCAUCCUGCCCAGUGACGAGAUAUGGCUCUGUGAUUUAGACAGCGGGACGUGGGAGCGGAGGGAGAUCACCGGCGACAUCCCACCGGACUUAUCAGGCUUCUGCGCCUCUCAUCUGAACGGCACGCUCUUCAUCUUUGCAGGAUGUGGCCCCCUCGGUUGGACCGAUCAAAUGUUCACCGUGGAUCUCACAGAGCCGCACUGCUCGUGGAAGAAAUUGACUGACAUCAAAGGAAGCACACCGUCACCACGAGACAAACACUCCUGCUGGGUACACAGAGACAGAUUAAUCUACUUCGGUGGAUAUGGAUGUAAGACCAUAGGGGAGGUACGAGACACAGGGGCGUCAAGCUUCGUCGUCGAAGAGAUGUCCUGGGCCACAAUUGGAAACACGUUAUUUAGGUUCUGGGGUUGGAACAACGAAGUCCACGUUUAUGACAUACAUACGUCUACGUGGAGCACUCCACAGACUCGGGGUCCUGCUCCUUCUCCCAGAGGCUGCCAUGCCAGCACCCUUCUGGGGAACAAAGGUUACAUCUCCGGUGGCGGGGAAAAUGCUGAGCUGGACUUGUUCUGUUUAGACCUGGAAACUUGGACCUGGACUAAAUUCGAGACCCCAGCAUCCUGUACACCUCUGGGACGCUCCAUGCACACCAUGACGUCCAUAUCUGAUCACUCACUCUUCAUAUAUGGAGGUCUGGGCACAGACGGGAUCACUCUGAAUGACGCCUGGCAGUUUAACACGCUCAAGAAAGAGUGGACCAAGAUGAUACACCCACACAAGGACAAGCCCAGGGUGUGUCACAGCGCCUGUCUGGGAAGUGACAAUGAUGUUGUUGUAUUUGGGGGAAGCAGCAACUUCUGCAUCCGCAUGGACUCGGUGGCUGUUAUGAGAGCUCCAUCGCAGGAUCACUGCAAAGACGUGUUCAUGUUUCAGACUCAGCCGUACUCCCUCUUCAGACUGUGUGAGGAUUUCAUAGGAGGAAACCCGGAGCUGUUCGGGAAACAGCUGGACUGGCUGCCGUCUAAACUGCGGCACAAAGUUGACAAGAGAGUGGCCUUUUUCUCCGCUUUGACGAGAGUUCCGACAGCUUAA